CUGAACUCGCGCCAACUUUUGCCCGUUUCAUUUCCAACAAAGAACUUGCCUCAUCUAAUUCCGAUUCCAUUGUCGCCAUGUCUGAAGAAGGUGCUCCGUCUGCUGCUACUGCGGAAAAAGCAGCGCCGCCUUCAAUACCCCGCUAUUUCCGGAACGAUGCACCGCUCGCGCAACGAGACCCUCACAAACAGCUACUAGCGUCUUUGGACCGGCUGAUCACCGACUACCCUCCGCACCACAUCCCCCCAGGCGGAGGCUUGUACUAUGGUCCCAUCUCCGUCGCCUUCCUCUUCUAUGCAUUGCACGACCUUUACCCGGACUUGAAAUUAGACGGCUAUCCUUUGAAUACUUGGUCGGCAGCCUAUAUUGAACAGGCCCAGACUCACAUCAAGAAAUUCCCACCUCCAUCUCCGAAGAAAUGCGGUGUCUCAAACGACAUCAUGUCGCUUCUUGCGCUGUACGCCAUUACAGCAAAAGACCCAGACACUGUCAAGGAACUCUGUGAUCACGCGGCAGUCAUGCUUGAGGACGGUACUUCCAACGAGUGGCUGUAUGGCCGUGCAGGCUACCUGUACCUUCUCCGACUGGUACGCAAAGCCUUUACCGGCAACAAGGAAAUCACCGAGCUCAUCGAGGACACCACGGAUGAGAUUAUCGAAAACAUCAUGGAUAGUCCACGUCCCUGGAAAUGGCACGGCAAGGCGUACGUUGGUGCUGUUCACGGGGCCAUCGGCAUCAUCACACAGAUUGUUCUCACAGAUCCUGCGUGGGCGCCCAAACUGGAUGCCGAGCUAGGCGCUUUGCUGAGUUAUCAGUACGAAAGUGGAAACUUUCCGUCAUCGCUGCCACCGGGACGUGAUAGGCUCGUACAAGUUUGCCAUGGAGCACCCGGUGUUGUUAUUUCGCUUCUCUCUAUCCGAAAAUACUUCCCUGGGCUUCAUGACCGGAUUGAUAGGGUUGUUGCCAAGGCGAGAGAAUGUAUCUGGGAACGAGGACUUCUCACAAAAGAGCCCUGUCUCUGCCACGGCAUCACCGGAAAUGCUCUUGCAUUGGAGGGCAAACAGUUCGAACACUUUAUGACUUACACUACCGGGCACGAAAUCAAGUCUAUGGCAAAGGACGGCAUGCUUGAAAAGUCUGAUGAUCCAUCAGCCCUAUGGUGUGGCGAAGCUGGUCGUGCUUGGGCUUGGGCGGUCGCGGACAAGGACCUAGAUAAGCGGCUGCUUGGUUACAACGAUAUUUAAGGCUGUGUUAUGGUUGCGCCGAAACCGCAUUCGGUACGCUUUUACGAAUUUCAUGACGCCCAUCCAAAUCAGACGACUCAUUUUUUAUCACGGUAUUUUUCUAGUCAAAGCAUCUUUCCAAGCGCUCAUAUACGGGUGGACUAUUUUCUCGGCAUCUCCUAGUUGUACGACGGACCUUUUGAGCAUCUUUUUCUGGAAAUUCGAUACCAUAAAUAAACUAUACCUGGUAUUUGUUGUGCCCUAAAAUUGUG